GCGAUGGCGCAGGAGGGCAAGAUGAAGACCGUCUGCGUCAAGGCGCGAACGGAGAACCACACACUCGAGUCGUUGAAGCUCAAGGGGGACCAGUACAGGAAGACGCAGGCCGAGGUCGCCGCGUGGGCUCAACACCUUGAGGAGCAGGAUGCGAGUCCGUCUGCCAGCCCGAACGGCGCCUCGCCAGGUGGCGUGCAGUCAGCGGCCGCGGCCGCUGCGGGGAUUGGCCCGAUGCUGAACCCGAGUGCGAUGGCCUGCUCGAGGACAGUCGUCACGGGCGAGGGCGGCCGCGGGCCUCGCACUCCAGGCGCAAAGCCACGGGGGGCAGCCAGGUCGGCGGCGAUGUCGGCGGAGGGGAAGCAAUCUGAGGUGGAGGAGCUCGUGGAGCGCCGCAUCGCCGCCCUGGACGUGAACAGGUGCUGGUCAGGCACCGCCGUGGGCCGCGAGCUCCGCUGGGCGAGGGAAAGCCGCCAGACCAUCAUGGAGGGCUGCCCCAACCCGCGGGACAGCGAGGUGGCGGACAAGUUGAAUGAGCACAUCCUUGUAUGCGACGCGAUCUGCCAGCUGGUCGAGAAACCGAUAGCAACGCUGCCAAAGGCCAAGCUGGAGAGCCUCCUGAAGGCCAUCGAGGCGGGGGACGAGGACUUGCCAUCGAAGUGGAAGCUGGACGUACUCAAGCUCAAGGUCGCCGAGUUCAUCAAGAUUGGCGACUUCGACGUGCAUGAGUUCUUUGUCAUCGUCGCACCGUGGGAAGUCCAAGCUGAAGUUGACAUCAUGAGCGACACCAGGUACAAGCCCACGCGCCCACGGGUGCUCACGUGCGACGGGAGCUUGUCGGACAAGAUCGUUGCUUGCGAGGGUUUCUUUAUGGAAACGUUGGCCCAGUUCAUCCAGAGUGGCAAGGAGGGGCAGCUCAGCUUGACCAGAUUCUGCAUCAAGUGCCUCGAUUGGCUCGACGAGAAGUGUCCUGAUGACGAAGAGUUUGACGACGUCGUCUCGGCGAUGACGACGUGCUUGAAGGCCACCUUGUGCAUCGCCGACCCCGUGCGCCUGGAGUACAAGGACGCGCUGCUGGAGAUGACGGCUGCGAAGUCGACGGAGGUUGGCAAGGCGUGCUUGCGCCACCUGAGCUUGGCGGUGAAGCGGUCGGCGCACUACGCAGCGCUCAAGGCGGCUUCAGCACAGGAUGAGUUCGACCAGUAUUUUCUGAAAACGAGCGAGCUUUUCCCGCAGAUGGUCCAGCUGAUGGCGGCCAUGGACGCGGCGACGGACAUCAGAGAGGUAGAGCGGUCGGGGACUCUGAAGGCAGCGCUCGAGCUGUUGCCGAACGUCGUGACGUACUGUCGGCCAGGCAGCUUCGGCAACUUCAAGGAACAGGUGAGCGCGAAGUUGGACGAAUACAUUAACAGUUACUUAUUUUGCGGUGCCCUCGCCGAGGCAGAUGGUUCCGCGCAGACUUCCAUGCUGGCCGAUGCGAAGGCACUGGUCACCAUCGCUAAGACCAGCAUCUCAGAGAAGGGUUCAUUGUGGGCGACGGCAAUGGAUAAGAUCAAAGAGAAGGAGUCCGAGAUCAACCAGUUCAACGCCAACAAGGGCUUGGCGCAGCUCGCGGAGUCCCUCGACGACGAGAUCUUGAUGAACCUCGAUAGGCUCAAGGAGGUGCUCCCAGUGAUCGAGUCCGUGCUGGCCGCUGGCGGCAGGGGCGUGGAGGUCCACAAGGAUAGCGCUGCCACCAUCUUCGGAAAGAUCUACUCGGUGAUCUGCCAGUAUGUCCGUGCCCCGACGGAGGCCGCACCGCGCCUGCACAUAUUGAUGACGCUUACGGAGACAAAUUGGUUGGCUGGCGAAUCGGCGGUGAAGCUCGACAAGGUGAUUACCAUGCUCAAGGCUUGGGGCUCCCUCUCGCAGCAGCGCGCUCAGUGGGCACAGUCUGGUAACGACGACGCGGUGCGGCUGAUCAAGGAUGGGUCGGCGAACCUGGUGACGAGCAUCCGUUCUUCUGUCAAGGCGAUGCAGUCCACUGGCUUGGUGGCAGAGGUGAUCGGGGCGCAGUCGGACGUGACGGCGGCGACCGAAGAGAUGAACUCAGCGGCCAAUGUGUGCAUGGCGAUCGUGACCGAUGCCAUGAAGGCUGCGACGGCGGCGUUGAAGCCGUUCGCGACGGGCACGGAGGCGUUCGACCAGCCUUGGGACCAGGACCUGGCUGCGGACGCGGGCAUGGACUCGGUUCUGAAGCGCGUGGAGGAGACGAUCUUGCAGAUCGACGGGGGCUCCUUCCAGAAGCGGAUCGACGCUGUCCUCGACGCGAAGAAGCGCGCCGUGGGGUGGGCGCAGGUCUUCGAGGUGCAGCAGGACGAGGAUGCGACCAAGGAGGCGGUCGACACGAUGAGAGUGGCGAGCGCCACUAAGUUCACGGCGCUGGUGGUGCACGCGUUCAAGACGUGCGCUGGCCAGGCGCCGAAGAUGCGCCGCAUGGUGAACGCGUACCGCAAGGAGGCGGCGGAGGCCGACGCCGUCAGCGCCAUGCGCCAGGACGUGGAGUGGGCCGCGAAGCUGGCGUCGCUCAAGGGCAGCACCUAG